AUGGUCAACCUAGUAGCAGUGUUUGAUUUCGAGGGGCUGAAGGUUAGAGGAAGAGAUGUAGAAGUCACAUUUGAUCAGUUGUAUUCAUUGCAGCUAUUUGGUUUACCUCGGCUCACGCAUAUAUGGUGGAUGGUUCCCAAAGAAUUUCGAGGUUUCAAAAAUCUGAUAUUGCUAGUCAUCGGGAACUGUCACAGUUUGAGAUAUUUAUUGUCACCUACUGUGGCAAAAUUGCUUGUGAGUUUACAAAAGCUAGAGCUGGAAAAUUGCAAGGCAAUGAAAGAAAUAAUAUCAAUGGAACAAGAUGGUUCUGAGACCAACGUUGCGGAAGAAAUGACGACAUAUAAGAUUGUGUUCUCACAAUUGAGCAUUCUAGAGCUUGUGGAUCUAGAAAACCUCACUUUUUUUGGCUCUGGAAAGUAUGAAUGUCAAUUUCCUUCAUUAAACAGCGUGGUCAUUAGAAACUGCAAAGAAAUGAAGAAUUUCUGUUCUGGACCGAUAUGCACGCCUAAGCUUGAAAGAGGAAAAGUACAAAUUGACUUCAAAUGGGUUUGGAUGGGUGAUCUAAAUACAACCAUACAAUGUGCAGAAUCAAGCCAUCACUUCUUUUUGUCUUACAACUUUACAGAAGUAGAUGAAGGCGAAGGUGAAGGUGAAGGUGAAGAUGAAGACGACGAAGCAUAA